AUGGUGGAAUGCUGCAACGAGCUGAACACCGGAUACGCGGCAGACGGGUACGCACGGUCCUCCGAAGCGAAAGCAGCAGUGGUGGUGGUCCCGUACAUCGUCGGUGGCCUCUCAACUCUGAAUGCUAUCGCAGGUGCCCACUCGGAGCAACUCAAAAUCAUCGUUAUUUCGGGCUGUCCACCGACGGCAAUCUUGACCACCGAGAAAGCAACGCAUCAUACACCCUCACCGAAAAAUAAGGACCAGGCCCUGCAUGCCUUCCAAGGCGUUACAGCUGCAUCAGUCCGCAUCGAGUCGGUGCAAUCGGCAGCCGAUGUAAUUGAUGACACCAUUGUUAAAUGUAUACAACAGUCGUUACCGGUGUAUAUAGAACUCCCAAAUGACCUUGCCGACGCUCCGUGUCGCUUUCCGGUACCCUUGUGCCGGCAGAUCGAGGCCGAAGAGCGGAACAAGAACAACGAAGCAGUGGAGGCUAUAACGGAUCUUUGGAACUCUUCUCACAGACCGGUGCUGCUUCUUGGAGGCCACCUACGAGUAUCGCUCUCGCGCGACACUAUCCACCGCCUGGCGGAGACGCUCGGCUGUCCUGUGUUAUGUCAGCCAGACGGGCGAUGGAUGUCGGAAUCGCAUGAGCAGUAUUGGGGCCCCUUCUGGCCAAGCUUACUCAAUGCUGAAGGGGAGAAGGUCGUGAUGAGCUCAGAUCUCUGGAUAUGCCUAGGAGUCUCAUGGUCGGAUUUACACAGCCCCUCCAUCGACUUUAAGAACGAGAAGCACCGUCUGCUAGACCUCCAAUACGACAGGGCUGGUCUACCAAACGGCAAAAUCAUCGAACCGAUAAAGCUUAGCGACCUGGUCUUAGCCUUGAUAAACAGCGGCAUGAGGAGUAAGACAGAGUCUCUUCCUCAUCCCAAGCCGAGCCAUCCGGCUUGCAUCCAGACGGAGAUCAAAAAUACCGAAGAUCCACUUACAAUGAUCAGCCUGUUCAGAGGUAUCCAGACCAUGUUGAAGGAACAGUGUACAUUGAUUGCAGACACUGGCGAUACAUGGUUUGCAGCAAGCCAUAUCAAGCUGCCGCAUGGGGCCGACUUCCAAAUGCAACUCCCCUACGCCUCAAUCGGAUGGGGAGUGCCAGCAACCCUUGGGGCUCAGCUAGCUCGCGCCCAUCAUCGAGUGGUUCUCCUGGUAGGAGAUGGAGGCUUUCAGAUGACAGCACAAGAGGUCAGCACGAUUAUCCGGAUGAAACUGAACCCGAUCAUCGUGCUGUUCAAUAAUCUCGGGUACAAAACCGAGACCGCAGUGCACGACGGGCCAUAUAAUUACAUCGCGAAUUGGGACUAUACCAAAUUAGCUACCUCGUUCCUGGAAGAGCCUCAUACACAGCCUCAUAAUCCAUACGCCAUCGGCAACGCGGAGAAAGAGAGUGGUAUGCCUUUAUUCGCUGAGAAGAUCCAAACGAACGCGGACCUUCUUAGAGCUAUUCGCCGGGUGGACGAUGAGGAUGAGAAACUCGCCUUCCUGGAGUGUUGUAUCCGGCCAGACGAUAUGACACCAGAGCUGCAAAAGCUGGGAGAAAACGUUUCGAAGGGACUUUCGGACUAG